AUGGCACGACUCGGAUGGCAGGUGACGGCAACCGACAUUCCGCCAGUGCUGGACUCAGUGCUGCGGCCGAACGUCGAAGCUGCCAUGUACCAGAUGGAAGCUGCAGGUCAGACUGUGCCGGGUCAGAUCGAGGUGUGCGAGCUUGACUGGACCAUUCAACCGGAAGACUGGCAGCUGUGCCUCGAUUCUGGAUCACCUAGCGCGGGAGAAUACCCCGACAACACUGAAAUGCGAGAGCCACAGCACUUCGACCUCAUCCUCACAGCAGACACGAUCUACGAGCCAUCCAUUGUGCGACCCUUGCUGUCCACCAUCGCUCGCCUCUAUCGGCGUCGGAGCGGGCACAGCCCGACGGUGCUGCUGGCGUUGGAACGGAGAGAUCCCACGCAUGUCACCGAGGCUCUGCGUGUCGCUCGUGACGAGUACGAUCUGCCGUUCAAGCAGAUCCCUGUCAAGCGUGUUCGCAAGAUCUUUGACACAUUGGGUGACGGUGCUACAUGGUCCAGAGACGAUUGA